UUGUUGCUUAGAGAGAGAGAGAGAGAGAGAGAGGGUCACAGAGUAUAAAGUAAGGCAGUAGAGGAAGAGAUGGUUGGAUUGCUUUGUAGAGAGAAAAAAAAAUUGAAAAACUAAAAUAAAAAUAAAGGGCGAAAGCUAAAGGUCAUGGAGAAUAAUAUCUUUUUCUCUGAAACCCACAACGGUUUUUGCUCAGAGGAAGAUGGUUUUGUGUUUAAGAUGUUUGUUUUGAUCGUUGCGUUGUGAGAUUUUUCUGGGACUUUCUUGGUGUGAGUGAGUUGUGGAGCUGCUUGCUGCUAUUGCUGUUUAGUGGGGACCGAGAAGGAAGAAAAAACAAAUAUGACAACAAUGGCGACGGAGGGAACAUUCUCGUUUUCUGUUGUGUCUGUAGUGGAGGAUGUUCUCCAGCAACAUGGGAAUCGUAAUAGGGGUGGUGGUCUUGAUUUGGAAUCUAGAAGAGCUGAGGAAGCUGCUUCUAGAAGAAAUGAAGCUGCAGGGUGGCUGAGGAAGAUGGUGGGAGUUGUGGCCGCUAAAGAUUUGCCUGCAGAGCCUUCUGAAGAAGAGUUUAGGCUUGGAUUGAGAAGUGGGAUUAUUCUCUGCAAUGUUCUCAAUAAAGUUCAACCUGGAGCUGUGUCUAAGGUUGUGGAGAGUCCAUGUGAUGCUGCUUUGAUCCCUGAUGGAGCAGCAUUGUCUGCAUUUCAGUACUUUGAAAACGUGAGGAACUUUCUUGUGGCUGUACAAGAUAUGGGAAUUCCUACUUUCGAAGCAUCUGAUUUAGAACAAGGAGGAAAAUCUGCAAGGGUUGUGAACAGUGUUUUGGCUCUUAAGUCCUACUCUGAUUGGAAACAGAGUGGUGGAAAUGGUGUCUGGAAAUUUGGUGGAAAUGUGAAAGUUACCACGUCCACAAAAUCUUUUGUAAGGAAAAACUCAGAACCGUUCACCAAUUCCUUAUCAAGGAACUCAUCCAUGACCGAAAAAACUUUGAACGGUCUCUCUUCUGAUCUUGAAUAUAAUAAAAUGUCUGAUUCUGGCUCCAUGAGUGCACUUGUUCGUGCAAUUCUGUUAGAUAAGAAGCCUGAUGAAGUUCCCAUGUUGGUGGAAUCUGUCUUAAGUAAGGUGGUGGAGGAAUUUGAGCAUCGAAUGUCUGGUCAACAAUAUGAAACACUAAAACCAACUCCAAGGGACAUGUCUAUUUCUAAUGGAAACAAGUUUAUAGCCAAAUCUACUUUUGGUGAUAGAAAGGUAGAAGAAAAACAUGCCAAUAUAAUAAAGGCAGAGCAGUUCCAAAAGAAUUGUAUUUCUGAUGAGGAGUCAAAAAGAAAGCUACUAAAUCAACAAUUGAUUUUUGAUAAACAACAAAGAGAUAUUCAGGAACUAAAAAGUACCAUUCACACAACAAAAGCUGGUAUGCAAUUCAUUCAAAUGAAGUUCCAUGAAGAGUUCAACAAUCUUGGUUUGCACAUUCAUGGCCUAGCUAAUGCUGCAUCUGGGUAUCAUCGAGUUCUUGAAGAGAACCGAAAGCUGUACAAUCAAGUACAAGAUCUCAAAGGAAGUAUAAGAGUUUACUGUCGAGUGAGGCCAUUUUUGCCUGGACAACCAAACUCUUUGAGCACUGUGGAUCACAUAGAAGAUGGAAACAUCACAAUUAAUGCCCCUUCAAGGCAUGGGAAAGGGAGAAAGUUGUUCAGCUUUAACAAAGUAUUUGGGCCAUCUGCUACUCAAGCGGAUGUAUUCUCUGAUAUGCAGCCACUUAUUCGGUCUGUUCUUGAUGGUUACAAUGUUUGUAUAUUUGCAUAUGGCCAAACUGGAUCAGGAAAAACUUUCACCAUGACUGGACCAAGGGAUCUUACAGAGAAAAGUAGAGGUGUAAAUUAUAGAGCAUUGGGGGAUUUGUUUCUUAUAGCAGAUCAGAGGAGAGAUACUUUCCGCUAUGAUGUUUCUGUCCAGAUGAUCGAGAUAUACAAUGAGCAAGUCAGGGAUCUUCUGGUUACUGACGGAACUAACAAAAGAUUAGAAAUCCGUGUUAGUUCCCAGACAGGACUAAGUGUACCAGAUGCAAACCUUGUUCCUGUUUCAUCAACAGCAGACGUAAUAGAUCUAAUGAAUCUUGGACAUAAGAAUCGUGUUGUGGGUGCAACAGCCUUAAAUGAUCGUAGUAGUCGCUCUCAUAGUUGCUUGACCGUUCAUGUUCAAGGAAGGGAUUUGACUUCUGGAGCUGUCCUUCGUGGCUGCAUGCAUCUAGUUGACUUAGCUGGGAGUGAAAGAGUAGACAAGUCUGAGGUAACAGGAGAUAGAUUGAAAGAAGCACAACAUAUCAACAAAUCUCUUUCUGCUUUGGGUGAUGUAAUCGCUUCCCUUGCCCAAAAGAAUCCUCAUGUUCCUUACAGGAACAGCAAACUCACACAACUACUCCAAGAUUCACUUGGAGGGCAGGCCAAGACAUUAAUGUUUGUUCACAUAAGUCCUGAACCUGAUGCUAUUGGUGAAACUAUUAGUACACUUAAAUUCGCGGAGCGAGUUGCUACAGUCGAACUUGGAGCUGCCAAGGUGAACAAAGAUGGGUCAGAUGUUAAAGACCUGAAAGAACAGAUUGCUAGUCUUAAGGCAGCAUUGGCAAGGAAAGAUGAUGAAGAUGACCACAACCAACUAUCUGUCUCUGGCAGUGCUAAUAACAAGUACAGGACAAAAGCUAGUGAAGUAUCUCCUUUUCAGUCCAAACUUCAGAGUUCAGACAUAGAAAAUCAUAAAAACUCUUCACUGAGGCAGAAGAGGCAAAGCUUUGAUCUUGAUGAGCUACUGGCAAACUCACCUUCAUGGCCACCUGUGAAUAGUCCUGGCCAUAACUAUGUGGAGGAGGAGAAAGACAUGAGCUCGGGUGAGUGGGUUGAUAAAGUCAUGGUGAACAAGCAAGAAGUAAGCAGGGUUGAAAGCAACCCUUUAGGAGGAUGCUGGGGAACAGACAAUGGAAAUUUAUCUGACAUGUUGUACCAGAAAUAUCUUCCAGAUUCUACAAAACUCUAUCAGGACCAAUCCUACAACAUGUUCAUGGGAGGAAACAACCGAUUCAAUGGCAGCGGUGUUAGUACUGAUGAAAUGGAUGAUCUUGAUGCUGCCACCAGUGACUCUUCAGAGCCAGAUUUGCUUUGGCAGUUUAAUCAGACCAAACUCUCUGGCAUAACCAAUGUCAUUGACUCAAAGACCAAGAAACUUAAUACAAACAAGAUUGCCAAGAGCCCAGAACUAAGCAAGAAUUUCAAUUCUUCUCUGGGCCCUUCACCUUCCCGAAAAGCUUCAAAUGCAGUCCCACAUCGGAUAGGGAGGCAGCCAGCCCCGGUUGACAUGAAACGCAAAACCGGGAACAGAAAGUAGAAACAAAAGAGUGUCACACUAUCGACACAUUGAGUGGUGAAUAUAUCUAUGUAUAAUUUUUUUACCUUUUUUUUUUUCAUUUGUUACAGAGAGGUUUCUUUUUUUGUUUUUUUUUUUGUUUUACUUCAUAUUCUUCUUCUUUUAAAUUUUUUUAUUUUUUUAUUUUCUUAUAUAGAGUUUAACUGCAGCAAUAAAUCCAGUUGCUUGUAUAUUUGUACUGAGUUGAUUUACUUAGAAAAAACUCCUGCCUGCUUGGUGUGGAUGACAUUUACACA